GGCUGCACCAUGCGUGAGCUGGCCGUCGAGAUCGGGGUCCGAGCCCUGCUCUUCGGGGUCUUCGUUUUCACUGAGUUUCUGGACCCGUUCCAGAGGGUCAUCCAGCCGGAGGAGAUCUGGCUGUACAAGAACCCCCUGGUGCAGUCGGACAACAUCCCCACCCGCCUCAUGUUUCCGUGUCCUUGGCUCUCGCUCUGAACGGCGUCUGCACAAACACCAUUAAGCUCAUCGUGGGCAGACCGCGCCCCGAUUUCUUUCACCGCUGCUUUCCAGAUGGGGUGAUGAACGCGGAGAUGCACUGCACAGGGGACCCCGAGCUGGU